AUGACACCUCUCUCAUUGAAAUCGCCCCAGGUGCAUUCGACUGACCCAAUCAGGGCAGAGUCAGAAAUCGUUGCCAACGAAGAUAUCCAAGUACCGGGCUACGAUGCAGACCUCCAGUUUGAUGCUACAGAAGAAAGAAAAGCUAAGUUGAAAGCCGACUUAUUCAUCUUACCUUUCAUCGUUCUCUUAUUCUGUUUCCUCCAAUUCGACAGAACGAACAUCGGAAAUGCCUUGACCGAUUCCCUACGAAAAGACAUCAAUGUUGGCAACAAAGAAAUCAAUCUGGCUCAGACACUCUUCAUCGUGGGCUUUGUCAUCACCGAGCUGCCUUUCAAUAUGAUCAGUAAAGUCAUUGGUCCUGAACGCUUCCUACCCAUCACAAUGUUCUUCUGGGGAAUCGCAACCUGGUCACAGAUCUUCCUCAAAAAUGGAGCGACACUUGCUGCGGCCCGCUUCUUCAUUGGAGCUCUUGAAGGAGGUUAUAUACCUGGUUUUGCAGUUUACAUCGCCAAAUUCUAUACAAACCAGGAGCUCGGUUUGAGAUAUGCUAUUUUCUGGGCCAGCAAUUCUGUGGCUGGCUCCUUGAGUGGGCCAUUGUCAAUCGGUUUACUUUCCCUUCGAGGAACAGAUGGUCUCAAAGGAUGGCAGUGGCUAUUCCUGAUAGAGGGCGUCUUGACAUGCUGUCUCGCAGUUGUUGCAUACUUCUACCUGCCUCACAAUGCAGCAAAGCCAAAGAGCUUCUUCGGCAAAUCCUUCAACGUCUUUAGCCAACGCGAGGCAUCGAUUCUUGUCACGCGGAGCAUCCGCAACGAUCCUACAAAGGCACUUCGCUAUGGUAAACCAGUUUUACCGUCUCAUAUCCUCGAGACUUUUAUGGAUUGGCGCCUUUAUGGACAUCUCAUCGGAGCGUUCUUGUCAAUGAUUAUGAUCAUGGGCAUGAACACUUACGCACCUUCAAUUAUCAAGUCCCUUGGUUUCUCUGGUCUGCAAGCGAAUGGCCUCAACUCAGUCGGGAGUAUCUGCGCCUUGAUCUGGUCGGUUUCCUUGGCAUAUAGCAGCGACAGAUUUCAAGAGCGAGGAUUCCAUAUUGCGCUUGGAUACCUGUGGGGCGCAGCAGGCUUGCUCUGGCUGGCCCUGGCUCCAAGUAGCGUUGGAAGAUGGGUUCUCUAUGGUGGUGUCGUUUUGACGCAAAUGGGAAUGGGCUCUGCCCAAGCCAUCAACGCAGCAUGGUUGACCUCAAAAAUGGAAGACUACAAACGCCCAGUCGCUCUCGCGGCUUAUGUGAUGAGCAUCCAGCUCGCUGGCUUCCCAGGACAACAGCUAUUCCGCGCCCAAGAUGCUCCCCGAUAUCGACGUGGCUUGAUCAUUGCCGCUUCUUGUGUCAUUGCUGGUGCCGUGGUAAUUCUUGUUCUAAAACUGCUGUACCGCUUGUUUGAUCAUGGCGAUGCUGGGGUCGAGGUCAAAUACGGUGUUCCUCGUCAAAACAGACGUGAGUCAAGGGAAUCAGAGACUGAGAAGGUCUGA